UAACUUUAAUUACUACCAUUUGGCCUCCACCUGCCCGAAUCCCGCACCAUACGCGGGAACCUGUCCGCGGUGAAUACCGCCUUUACUUUGGGAGACAGUUCUCUUGGGAGAAUUGGUGUCCGCCUUAUUUAGUAAAGUGCUGAUGGCUCCACCUGCUACAGUUCUUACACAUUUUGAGACCUUCUGUAGCUCCUUCACUGGCCCCUCCAUUGCAGAACUCUGAUUGCAGAAACUCUGGAAGAUGAAAUCUCUCUGCUUGCCCAGGAAUUGUGGUUCUACCUUAGAGAUCUCACCAUCAGAAUUUAAAGCUUAAGAACAUAAAGUAGUCAUUGUGGAAAAUAACAUUUUGAGAAACUUUUCUGUUGCAAGUGAUAGAAGAAAAACGAAUAGAGAAGUGCAUCCUCUUGUGUGUGUAUCUCACUGUGCUACUUUUGAUAACUCAGCUUAGGAAUGAAGCCACCAUUAUGUCCUCAGUCAGUGAAAUAAAUGUUGAUAUCAAAGAUUUCCUAAUGAGUAUUAAUUUGGAGCAGUAUCUCUUACAUUUCCACAAGUUUGGUUUUUAUACUGUGAAGGACUGUACAACAAUCAAUGAUACUGUGCUGCACAAAAUUGGAAUAUCGCCCACAGGACACCGUAGGAGAAUACUUAAACAGUUACAGAUAAUCUUGUCAAAGAUGCAAGAUAUCCCAAUAUAUGCAAAUAUUCAUAAAACAAAGAAGAAUGAUGACACUUCAAAGGAUUGCCAUGCUCCACCUUCUGAUCGGAACACCUGCAGAGAAAUUUCCAACUCUGAUAGUACUCACACACCUAGCUCAACACAGUUGGAGGCUGUUACACAAAGUCUUCAUCAAAAUGACAUUGGUAUGGAACAUAGCCAGUCUCUUAAAUCAGAUGAUAAGCUGUCUCUUCCUAAACGUGACUUCCCCGUUCCAGAUCAAGAACCACGCCUGAAUUUGGGUUCUUCUCAUGAUAGUUCAUUUGGUAGUGAAAAUAUUAAAAUAGAAUCUUUGAUUGCAAAGAAGACUGUGGAUUGUACAAUUGAGCAACAAACAGAAAAAGUUGAUUCAAUAUUGGAGACUAUCAGCAAGCUUCCUAGUAUUGACCCUGAAUGUCUUUCUUCCCUUGGCUCCUCAACAUCAGAUGCAAAUUCUGUAAAUGGAUCCAAUGGCUUAGUAGAAGCAUCACCUCCAUCCCCAUUCUUUCAGUUUCAAGGAGAAAUGGUUGUGAAUGAUUUGUACAUACCGUCAUCACCAAACUUGGCACCGAUGAGAAGUCGCAGCAAGUUGGUUUCGAGACCAUCUCGCUCUUUUCUGCUAAGACAUCGGCCUGUACCAGAGAUUCCAGCGUCAACAAAAGGAAUUUCAGGAAGCUAUUUCCGUGAGAGAAGAAAUGUUGCUACCUCACCUGGAAAAUCUGCGGCAUGGCAAAAAGAUUCAAGUGAGGAGAUUUCAUCUUCCAUCUUUCCUUAUGGAGAGACCUUCCUCUUCCAGAGACUGGAAAAUUCCAAGAAGAGAUGUGUGAAGAAUGAAUUUUGGGCCCAUGAAGAAACACUCAAAGGGGAGGCAAAUACUGCAGGGAACUCUUUCUGCAUCAAAUCAAGCAUAUAUGAUAACAGGAAGGAGAAAAUAAGUGAAGAAAAAGUAGAAGACAUUUGGAUACCUCGAGAGGAUAAAAACAAUCUUAUGAUAGAGUCUGCCUCUGAGUCAGAAUACUCAACCGUGGAAGAAUGCUUCCAGAGUUUAAGAAGAAAAAAUUCAAAGGCAUCAAGGUUGAGGACACAGAAAGCACUGAGCUUGGACCCAGUAAACAGGCACAGUUACCCCCUAAGCUCAACAAGUGGAAAUGCUGAUUCCUCGGGCAUUUCCUCAAAUGCCAUAUCUCCCUAUGCCUGUUUUUAUGGUACGUCUGCGAAGAAGGUCAAGUCAGGGUGGCUGGAUAAGCUUUCUCCUCAAGGAAAACGCAUGUUUCAGAAGAGAUGGGUGAAAUUUGAUGGCCUUAGCAUUUCUUACUACAAUAAUGAAAGGGAGAUGUAUUCAAAGGGAAUAAUUCCCCUUUCUGCCAUAUCAACAGUACGAGUUCAAGGAGACAACAAAUUUGAAGUUGUUACAACACAAAGAACUUUUGUUUUUAGAGUAGAAAAAGAAGAGGAGAGAAAUGACUGGAUCAGUAUACUGUUAAAUGCACUGAAAACACAGUCCCUUACCUCACAGUCUCAAGUGGUUGCUGCACCUGAGAAAUGUGGAUAUCUUGAAUUGAGAGGGUAUAAAGCCAAAAUUUUUACUGUGCUAAGGGGAAACAGCGUGUGGCUUUGCAAAAAUGAACAGGAUUUUAAAAGUGGAUUGGGUAUCACCAUCAUUCCUAUGAAUGUAGCAAAUGUAAAGCAAGUGGACAGAACUGUGAAACAAUCUUUUGAAAUAAUUACUCCCUAUAGGAGUUUCAGCUUUACAGCAGAGUCUGAAAAAGAGAAACAAGACUGGAUUGAAGCUGUGCAGCAAUCGAUAGCAGAAACUCUCUCUGAUUAUGAAGUAGCCGAGAAGAUUUGGUUCAAUGAGUCCAACAGGAGCUGUGCAGAUUGUCAAGCCCCGGAUCCGGACUGGGCAUCCAUCAAUCUCUGUGUUGUCAUCUGUAAGAAGUGUGCAGGGCAGCAUAGAUCCUUGGGACCAAAGGAUUCUAAGGUUAGGAGUCUAAAAAUGGAUGCCAGCAUUUGGAGUAAUGAACUGAUUGAGCUUUUUAUCAUCAUUGGAAACAAAAGAGCAAAUGACUUUUGGGCUGGUAAUCUUCAAAAGGAUGAAGAAUUACACAUGGACUCACCAGUAGAAAAGCGAAAAAGCUUCAUUAUUCAGAAAUACAAAGAAGGAAAAUUCAGAAAGACCCUUUUGGCAUCUCUCACCAAAGAAGAAUUAAAUAAGGCUCUGUGUGCUGCUGUUGUGACACCUGACGUUCUGGAAACGAUGGCUUUGCUGUUCAGUGGAGCAGAUGUCAUGUGUGCAACCGGAGACCCUGUGCAUAGCACCCCUUAUUUGCUGGCCAAGAAAGCUGGGCAGAGUCUGCAGAUGGAAUUUCUUUACCACAAUAAAUUCUCAGAUUUCCCCCAACAUGACAUUCAUUCUGAGGGUGGAUUAAGUCAAGAGGCCUCCCAGUCCACGUUCCUUUGUGACUUUUUGUAUCAAGCUCCUGCUGCAGCUUCUAAACUCUCUUCAGAGAAAAAACUGCUUGAAGAGACGAAUAAGAAGUGGUGUGUUUUGGAAGGAGGUUUCUUGAGUUACUACGAAAAUGAUAAGUCCACCACGCCUAACGGCACCAUUAAUAUCAAUGAAGUUAUCUGCCUGGCUAUACACAAAGAGGACUUCUAUUUAAAUACUGGGCCCAUCUUUGUUUUUGAGAUCUACUUACCUUCUGAGCGUGUGUUUUUAUUUGGAGCUGAAACAUCUCAAGCUCAAAGAAAGUGGACAGAGGCAAUAGCCAAGCAUUUUGUUCCCUUUGUUGCUGAAAACUUAACAGAAACUGACUACGACUUGAUUGGCCAGCUCUUCUACAAAGACUGCCAUGCCCUGGAUCAGUGGAAAAAAGGCUGGUUUGCUAUGGACAAAUUCAAUUUGCGUUUUUGCCUUCAGAUGCAGGAAGUUCAGGAAGACAGGAUGCACUUAAGAAGACUGCAAGAGUUAACAAUCAGCACAAUGGUUCAAAAUGGGGAAAAAUUGGAUGUCUUACUUUUGGUGGAGAAAGGCCGAACAUUAUACAUCCAUGGGCAUACCAAGUUGGAUUUCACAGUCUGGCAUACAGCAAUUGAAAAAGCAGCAGGUACAGAUGGUAAUGCAUUACAAGAUCAGCAGCUCAGCAAAAAUGACGUCCCCAUUAUCGUGAACAGCUGCAUAGCAUUUGUUACACAGUAUGGUUUAGGAUGCAAGUAUAUCUAUCAAAAGAAUGGUGAUCCUUUGCACAUAAGUGAGCUCUUGGAAAAUUUCAAAAAGGAUGCAAGAAGCUUUAAAUUGAGGGCUGGAAAGCAUCAACUUGAAGAUGUGACGAGUGUGUUGAAACGUUUUCUUUCUGACAUCGAUGAUGCACUGCUUGCCAAGGAGCUCUAUCCAUACUGGAUCUCUGCUUUAGAUACACAGGAUGACAAGGAAAGAAUUAAAAAGUAUGGAGCAUUUAUACGUACUCUCCCAGUUGUCAACCAAGCGACAUUGGCAGCUAUAAUUGAACACCUUUACAGGGUUCAGAAAUGCUCAGAAAUCAAUCACAUGAAUGCCCAUAAUUUGGCCUUGGCCUUUUCUUCCUGUUUGUUUCAAACUAAAGGACAAACUAGUGAAGAAGUGAAUGUAAUUGAGGACCUCAUUAAUAACUAUGUUGAAAUAUUUGAGGUUAAAGAAGAUCAAGUCAAACAAAUGGACAUAGAGAAUAGCUUUAUUACCAAGUGGAAAGACACUCAAGUUUCCCAGGCUGGAGAUUUGCUAAUUGAAGUGUAUGUAGAAAGGAAGGAACCUGACUGUAGUAUUAUAAUCCGGAUAUCUCCUGUGAUGGAAGCAGAAGAAUUGACUAACGAUAUAUUGGCAAUAAAAAAUAUCAUCCCUACAAAAAGUGAUGUUUGGGCCACAUUUGAAGUUAUUGAAAAUGAAGAACUUGAGCGCCCCCUCCACUACAGAGAGAACGUGCUGGAGCAGGUCCUUCGGUGGAGUUCUCUAGCUGAGCCUGGCUCUGCGUGUCUUGUGGUGAAGAGAUUCUUAACUGUGGACACAAUCGAGCACUGUAGAGAGAGGCGUGCCCUGGAAAGUAUCAAAGAAGGAGUCUUAAAAAUCAAAGAAGAACCAUCUAAGAUACUGUCUGGAAAUAAGUUUCAAGACCGGUAUUUUGUUUUACGAGAUGGGUGUCUCUUUAUUUACAAAGACUCAAAGAGUAGUAAACAUGAAAAAAUGUUUUCUCUCAGCUCCAUGAAGUUUUAUCUUGGAGUGAAAAAGAAAAUGAAGCCCCCAACAAGUUGGGGAUUGACUGCAUAUUCUGACAAACAUCACUGGUAUUAAAGGAUUGUGGAAUCCAGCUUUAUUUGUUAAGUAGGCAAAACUCAGUUUUUAAACACAGAUAAAAACUAAGGUAAGACUAUAAGGGAACUUAUCCCAGUUUCAAACCCGUUCUUUCUAUAUAUGUGCCUCUACCCAUUAAUAUUACAAGUAGCCUAUGGGUAUCCCCAGGGAUUCUUUUAAAUAUCUUUUGCUGCCUCACCUGCCUUUGCCUAAUAAAUCACUAGCCCAUGCCAUCUCAGUUUCUUCAUUGUCCCCUCAUCCACCCGCUCCACUCUGUCCUCAGAGCUGGGUCUUCAUUCAUCUUCCUAGAUCAUUGUGAGAGUUCUAAGUGUUCUUUAUGCCUCUGAUUUGGCUUUUGUUUUGGGUACAUUCUCCACUCAGUUAGCAAAAGAGACUUUUCAACCAUGUGUCAUGUUUUUCUCGUACUUUAAAACUAUUCUGUGCAUCCAGUCAACUGCAGUAUAAAGUGCAGGACUAUUGGCAAGGCAGGUCAGGUGUGACUGCAUCAGCUUCAGCUCCAGCAAGCUUUCCUGCUUUCCAUCAUCCUGAGCUCCUCACCCAUUCCUUGCUGCUCUGCAUCUGCUUGUUUAGCAGGUGCUUCCUUUACAGAUUCCCCCCUUCCAUAUGCUAUGCUGAUCCCUCCACUCCCUCCACUCCUCUCGGGAUGUCCUUUCUCUCUUGGACGAUCCAGUAGACUCAUCUCUCAUUCUUCUUUCAAUCCACACCUGCAUGCCUCAAAAGCCUUAGCAGAUAGCUCUCACCUUUCAUCACUAUUACUUCUUUUUACCAACAGUAUUUUUUGGUAUAUAAUGAAAAUGUCAUGUGUAGGGAAUUGUACUUGCACAAGAAAAUAUACAGGGACAGUUUCUUCAUGAGACUCUAAUGAACAAAGCAAGCAUUUUGGGGAAAUUUUUUUUCUAAAAGUUUUAAGUAAAUCAUUUUUAAUAAUACAGGAAUGUGAAAUAUGAAAACUAUUACUAUAUUAGACUGUCCCUUAUGUGAUUCUAACAUAGGUUACAAAAUUUUUCUCUUCUGCAAAGCAACUUCAAAGUUAUUUCUAAGUCUGCUGUUUCUGUUUGUGCUCAAUUUUAUUUUUGCUUUCACACACUGUAUUAUAAUUUGAUUGAUUAUAUACACAGUUACCCUAAUAGACUAUGUUAGCCUUGAGGGUUCCUGAGUCUUGAUGAAUCCACUUAAUAAGCCUGGAUAUAAAGAUUACUGAAUCCAUGUUACUAGAUAUGUAGUGGUUUUUCGUGUUAAGUGUUUAUAGUCCUAACAAUGGGGACUAUGUCUCAGCCUUUUAAAAAAUCUUCUCUUAAGAGAGUGUUCACUUUAAAAACCUGUCAUGGGACCCCAAAUCUUAUUAAGCUGGGUGAUAAAAAUCUCAUCUUAAGUGCUAAAGUGAUCAUAUUAAGAAUUAAAGUGAAUAUAUAUAUAGAGAGAGAUAGGAUUAAGUGUUAAAGUGAACAUAUAAAUAGGAUCAAGUGUUGGGUACUUAUAAUAGACAAUUAAAAAGGAGAAAACAUUCCAACAUGGGAAGCAGUACACACAGAAGACUCAUAGAAUGACAGUUGCUUGAAGUAACACUCUGACCACAGAAUCAGCCCUUAAGGCUUCCUGAUCUCGCUGAGAAGCCCUUGAGAGCAUUUCAGGCAUAGAAAGCCAAGGCAUUGUGGCAAAAAAUAUUCUGUAUGAAGGUUCUCUGUGAGUGAGAUCCUAAUGGAAAGAAGCAGCCAUCAAAGAAGGAGAUACUUUUCUCUAAAGGGAGGAGAGAACUUCCACUUUGCUUAUGGCCUUGUCCAAAUUCUGAUGGAGUUUGUGGAUUCAAAAGGCUUCCAUAGCCUAGAUAGCUCAUGACAAGAGCCUUGCGUGGUCACUGAUGUCAUACUUAAAGAGUGUUAAUUGUUAAAUUAACAACAGGAAUCACUGUGCACUAACUCCCCAUGCAGGACCUCUGUCCUCAGUGAGUUAUAUUAUGAGAGUUAACCUUGAUAGUUGUUCUCAAACAGUUUUGUGUGUGUGUGUGUGUAUGUGUGCAUUUGUAUGCAAAUUGUUGAAAUCCUUACUUAGUAUAGAGUUGAUCUUCUGUGUACAAAGUUAAAUGAAAAUGAAUCUUAAUGGAGAAUGGGACUGGCGAGGGGAGAGGGAGGAGGAGGAAGGAUGGGAGAGUGGGUAUUGGUGGGAAGAAUAACUAUAUUCCUAAAGUUGCACAUAUAAAAAUUGUAUUCCUUAAAAAUAUAUUAAUUUGUUAAUUUAGCCAGCGCCAUGGCUCACUAGGCUAAUCCUCUGCCUGUGGUGCCUACACCCCGGGUUCUAGUCCCAGUUGAGGUGCCGGAUUCUGUCCCGGUUGCUCCUCUUCCAGUCCAGCUCUCUGCUGUGGCCCAGGAGUGCAGUGGAGGAUGGCCCAAGUGCUUGGGCCCUGCACCCACAUGGGAGACCAGGAGGAAGCACCUGGCUCCUGGCUUCCGAUCAGCGUAGCGCGCCGGCCGCACCGCACCAGCCGUAGUGGCCACUUGGGGUGUGAACCAACAGAAAAAGGAAGACCUUUCUCUCUGUCUCUCUUUCUCUCACUGUCUAGCUCUGCCUGUCAAAAAAUAAAAUUAGUAUAUGUAUAUAUAUAUAUAAAUUAGUUAAUUUAAAAAAAUUAAAAAGAGUGUGCACAUAUGAUUUUUUUCUUAGCUUUAGAAUUUCUAGGGCAAAAAGAUAAUUUCUCAUCAUGUACCAGAAAAAGCAAAGUGAUAUCAACUUUUCUGUGUUUCCAUCUUUUCAAAAGUAUUGCUGAUCAGUUUGUAGGAGCUGCCAAAGUCUUACACUGUAGUUUUUUUUCAAAUAAGCAUAUUUAAGCUAUUACUUACGUAUAUUAUAUACUUAUCAGAUUACUAAAACAAGUUACAUGGAAAUAAUCCAUUUUUGAUAGCAUUCAUCCAUUAAACCCAAAAAGAUUUCUGAUCACUAAAUGAAGCAUACACUGGAGCAAAUUCGACUGUCCUUUUGAUUACAUGU